AUGGGGGACCAAGUCUUCGACCUCGAGCGGAGCUGGUAUAUCGGCAAUACGUGCUUUGCCAUAAUUUACGGCAUCCAACUUUGCAUGUUCUUCCUGUCGUCAUACUUUCUGUGGCUCAAUUCCAAGGCCGACAAAUCAAGAUAUAUCUACAUCGCGUAUAGUGCCACACUCCUUUUACUGGUAACCAUCGCAAUGGCAUGCAACCUGUUCUUUGGCCAAAUGAUGUGGAUUGAGCACAGAGAUGUUGAAGGUGGCCCGGUCGUCUUCUUUCUGACCAACAUUGCCGCUUGGUAUAAUACCUUUGGAACCGCCGCGGACGUGACAGCCGACUUGCUCUCGAAUGGGCUGAUGCUUUAUCGAUGCUACGUCUUUUACAGUGGGCCUAACGUUUGGAUGGUCUAUAUACCCGCUCUGGUGCUUCUGGCUUCUACGGCUAUGAGCAUCACGGCCACAAUCCAGUCUGGUCUUCCCGGUGGAGAUUUUUUCCAUGGGAUCACCACUAACUUCACUAUUCCCUGGCUAGUUUUGACCAUUACUUUCAACAUCAUCACCACCGGAAUGAUAUCUCUUCGUCUCUUCAUGGUCAGCCGGUCGAUGAAACGUGCACUGACCAAAGAACGUGCGGAGGUUUAUACGUCUGUCAUUGCCAUUUUAGUCGAAAGUGCGGCACCAUUUACGCUCCUUGGAAUUGGCUACCUCAUCACUUAUGUGCGCAACGCGCCGGAAUCCUUAUGGUUCGCCGACGUCUGGGGUGGUUUUCUUGCUUUAGCGCCACAGGCCAUCAUCCUUCGCGUUGCGAUGGGCUCUGCAUGGUCGAAGCAGAUGGUCGGUCAGUAUACGGCCUCGAAACCCGGAACCGCUGUCGUCUUCGCUAGCCACACAUAUCCGUCGGAGAGUAGCGGGACGGCGUUGCAGACCCUUGAUCGCAGCAAGGGCCCCUUUGACUCGCGCAACGAAAGUACUACCGCGAUAUCUAAAAGGUCUGAGCUGGAUCAAGAACUAGACCCGUGA